AUCGGCGACGGACUAAAGUCAGCGGCCCUUCGACAACAAACAUGGCGACGGCGGGAGAGAAAGACUUUCUUAGUGCUCCCCCGUCGAAAUUAAACCGUGAUCAGAUUGCGUCCGAAUUCCCUUUGCACUGGUUCGUAUGGAACAGGGAUGCAUCUUCACUCGAAGAAGAGCUUGCCCUCGAUAGAAACAACAAAGAAAAGAAGGAUCCUCGAGGCCGAACUGCUCUUCAUUUAGCCGUGACUCUAGGAUAUGUAGAUUGUGUCAAGGCUUUGGUACACGGCGGAUGCGAUGCGAAUGCUAUCAACCAAGAAGGCUGGAAUGUUUCCCAGGAAGCAAUCAGCACAGGCGACCCAGAGAUUGUAUCUCAUGUGCUACAACACAGGGAUUUCCAGAGAGGAAGUCAACGACUUGCGGGUAUUCCAGACCUUCUGGAAGAGCUUAAGGCUGCAACAGAUUUUUAUGUGGAAAUGAAAUGGGAAUUCACUAGUUGGGUGCCAUUCAUGUCAAGGAUGUGCCCAAGUGAUACUUAUAAGAUAUACAAAAGCGGAGCUGCUGUUCGUGUUGAUACAACAUUAUUGGGAUUUGAUCAAAAUGAAUGGCAAAGAGGGAACAGAACAUAUGUCUUUAAAGCUGAUGAUAAAGGUGGAACAUUCCUAGAGAUUGACCAUGAGCGAAGAAGAGUAUGGACAGAGACACUGAGCCUUAGGAAUGAUAUAAGGGAUCUGGACUCUACCAAGCCAUCAGAGGAAGUGAUAACCUCAAGGAUGACAUCUCCUUUGGUGACAACUAUACUGGACACUGAUAAGAUUGCGUUCCAGAGACAUAAGACCAUGUGGGGGUGGGGUGGAGACAAAACCGAGACUGUAGAUGACUAUGAGUGCAAGGUGUACACGGCUAGUGGUGUGGAGGUGGUCACGAAAACGAGGGUUGAACACCUGGCAGAUGAAGACAGAAAACAAACACAGACUUUUCCAGUGCCCCAGGGAAUUGCAGGGAGUGGUCUACAGUCAUUUCUUGGAAUUGAAGAGGAAAAUCAAUUGAAUCCUGCUGAGGAUGAAGAUAACCUUGCCUCAAUGGAUCCAUUGUCAAAUAACCCUUACAGAAUGACUUUAGAGGAGUACUUCAACCCACCGACUGUCAAGGAUGGACGAGAUGUAGGCAAGCUUAAAGAAAUGUCAGUCAAGAAGCAGAAGUUUCGUGCAACCAUCUCUAUGGCCGACCCGUACCCACUGUCUCUCCAAGAGCAGGUUCUACCUAUUAUUAAACUACUGGCGAUAAGUAAUGCCCACUUUGCCAAGUUGAGAGACUUCAUUGCAUUGCAUCUCCCGUCUGGCUUCCCUGUAAAAAUAGAAAUUCCACUGUUCCAUGUCCUGAAUGCCAAGAUCACAUUUGCAAACAUCAAUGCCCUUGAGAGUGAUGUCACAGGGGUCAAUGUGGCACGUGAACCAAUCAUGAGCGAGCAGCCAGAAGAGGGCGUGGCCUCAUCACAGAACCCGCUGACGGCAAAAUGCAAGAUAGAGGAGAUGUGUUUUGAGGUGCCCACCGGUUACAGACAAGUUAAAGUGGGAGAACAGGCUGCUGUCAUUCGUGAUGAAGAAGACGAACUGCUACAGUUGGCAAUACAACAGAGCUUGCUCGAGUAUGGAGGGGGGCAAGUCGAUGCCGAGCAGAUCGCUAUCCGCGAGUCACUAUCAGACGAGGAUGUCAUGCUGCAGAGGGCAAUUCGCGAAAGCAUUAAGGACUAUGGUGCACCUGAGGGUAACGAGGGGGUUGCCACGCCCAUUACCGACCCCACCCCUCCCUUGGAUAACGAGGAUGACACGGAGGACGAGCUCCUUUUGGCUAUGGCGCUAUCCGAGCAGCAACAAGAGGAGGACGAGAAACGACGCAGGCGAGAGGAAGAAGAACUGCAGCGGGUGUUGCAGUUGUCCAUGUCCAUCAAAUGACGGGAGUAAAGAAUAGAAAAAAAAAACUGAAAGCGUAAAACUCGGCAGACCAAGCGAUCGACUGUACUAUUUAGAGUCAAAAGAAUUUAAUUUCAUCAUAUGAUGGGAGCUAGCGCACAACACUCGUCCGACCAAGCGACUGAAUUAUGUUUAUGGACAGAAGGGUUCCGAAUGGAGCAACAGAUGUCCAUCGUUAUCGGGGUACAAAUGUACCUUCAGCCAACAGUCUGGGUCUAUCAAGCGAUCAAGCUAUUGACUUUUUGUUUAAAGGAAAGAGGGUUCCAGAUGGAUUUGCAGUUGUCCAUGGGGAUACAAAUGGUGCUUCAACUCUCUGUGUCUAUCAAGCCACCAACUUGUAUCGACUUUUUGUUUAAAGGAAGAAGGUUCUAGAUGGGUAGUCAAUUCCUUCUCUACCAGGUGAUACUAUAUUUAUUAGCAAGAGGAGUAAAAUAUUUGAAGAUGGAGCCACAAGUCCCUGAUUUGGCUGCCACUAUUCAUAACCCAACACAACAACACAUUUCACGCGAACUCCUGCUUUUUUUAUAUCUAGCCCCAUAUCAGUAUUCACUGAUAAAAGGCAUGUGAGUACAGACGGCAUACUCAAGGGUCUAGGAAAGAACGGCUGUAGAGUCAUUCAGGGGCUCUCACAAACACCACAGCGUCUCCGAGAAUACAGACGAUGCCUCAAGCCUCCAUGUCUAUGAAAGGGUUUUAUUUUAUUACUAUUUGUAAAAGGCUAGUUACAGGGUAAUUUUCUUGUCGUAACUUUCCACGACUACGACUAUCAACUACUGGGAGUUGCAGUUGGUGUUUUUAACUGUAUGUCUAUCAAGUGUUGAUCUUUUAUCGGAUGAAAGGAGGAACAGACUAGAGACUGGUAGUCGGGGUGUCUGGCAGCGAUUUGUCAAAGGAAGGAGUUAAGGGUUGUUCUGCGAUUGUUUUCUAUUGGCCUGUAUGAGCGCCAGAAUUGGUGCACGCUCGUUAUGAUUCAAUCACUUUCCUUCUUCGACAGCGAAAA